UGUUCGCUCUCUGCAGACAUAAUUUAAGAGAUGCAUCUACUUCUACAUAUCUGACCAUUUUAGUUUGUCUUUGAAGAGUAGUUUAUACACAUUAAGAGUCAUGGGUUCGCCGCUAAAUACGAAAGGUGCGUUUGCGGUUGAUGAGGAUGUACAAACUAAACUACCGCAGCCGAACGAGCGCAUUGCUCAGGUGUCACCUCUGCCUUUCAGCGUGGAAGCUCUGAUGUCAGACUCAAGGCCGCAGAAAGAAGUCGUGAGACACCAGGGUGGAAAAAUCCCAUCCGAAGGAAACUAUUCUUGUAACUCCAAAGAGUCGUACAGUCUAGAAGGGUCGCACAGUCCGACCUCUUCAGUCAAAUCAGAGACAGUAUUUGGGGAUUGUGCGUCUUGGAUGUCACGGGUGAAGCUGUCACCACCAUCCCGUCAGCUCAGCUCCACUCCCUGUCCCCUGAGGAAACACAAGACCAACCGCAAGCCCCGCACCCCCUUCACCACCUCUCAGCUUCUCGCCCUGGAGAGAAAGUUCCGGCAGAAGCAGUACCUGUCCAUCGCAGAGCGUGCCGAGUUCUCCUCCUCACUGUCCCUAUCUGAGACCCAGGUGAAGAUCUGGUUCCAGAAUCGCCGGGCCAAAGCCAAGCGACUGCAAGAAGCAGAGGUAGAGAAACUCAAAAUGGCCGCAGGCGUUGGAACCAAACCUAUGUUACAUCCGGCUGGGUUUUCCCCCCUACCCUUCCCUCUCAGUGUAAGUCUUCAGGCCGGUGCCCCUUCUCUAUAUGGACCAGUGUACCCCUACACCCGCAGCCCACUGCUACCUGCAGCACACCUGGGGCUGUACGCCUCACCUGUAGGCUACGGCCUCUUCCACCUGGCCUGAGAGGACACCAUUGACUGUGUGUGUGCGCGAGAGUUAGUGACUGAGUGUUUGAGUAUGUGUGUGUCAGUGCGUGUGUGCAUGCAUGUAGUAGAUUGGGUGGGAUUGAUGCACCUUACUGAAAUCCAAUCACACAUUGUCUUCAGCUGUGUCCUGAAUGAAUGGACUAGCGUGGAAACCCUAGAAGAAACUUCCAGUGUUCCAUACCACUUUAUUCUGUUUCUUUUUUCAACUUUGUGCAUAGUUACAACCCAGGACAUUCAUUGCAGAAUACCUAGGGGUCCUCAACAAAGUCUAGUACAUUCUAAACACUAAUUUAAUUUGAGAUGGAUAUUGAUUUAUCUCUGUAUCCAAUUAAUAAAAUAAAAUACAAGAUUUGUUUUAUGAUAUAUUUGAUUGAUUUUCAGCUUUUUCACAGUGUGUAUGAUGUAAGGUGCUCUGAGUGGAAUUAAGUUCAAUACAUGCUAAGCCUUCAGAUCUAUAUAUAUUAUUAGAUUGUUUUGUUAUUUUUUUAUACAUUGAAAUGAACAGGGUUCAUAGAUGUAUAUGGAAACAUUUGAGUAGAUUGUGGACCUGGAUUGAAUGAUGAAAAGAGGAGUCUUUUCAUUUCUAUUUCACAUCAAUCUUAAUUACAUGCUCACAUAUUGGUGUAUACUUGCAAAUUCCAUAUAGAGCAAUAUAUUUUUUAAAUAAAUGUAAUUUAUUAUAUUUGGUGAUAUAGUAUGUAUCUGCCUUUGUUAAGUGUAAAUAUUUGAUUUGCUUUCACUUAACAAUUAAAUGCCAAUUUAUAUCUGAACUUCUGAUCAGAUUUGUGCAUUUCCUGCUUUUCAACAGAAAAGUAUCAAGGUGCUUUUUAUCUGAAAGAGUCAAUUUAGAUACAGUAGAAGUUUAGUAAAUGUCAAGAAGUUACAGUAUAUACAAUGCUUUUUGUUGCUGAAAA